GUCCUAUUUAAGAGCACGGGUCGCGGCGUCCACGUCAGUCUGUCCUGGUUGUCCAGCGGGAGGUGAUUUUAAUUCCCCUGAGGGAAAAAAAAAUCAGUAUUAUUGUGAAUAAAGUCGACGUUGUUUUAGGCUGCUUGUGAGGUAGAGUUGCGGGAGGGAGAGGAUCUGACGCGGCGGUAGCCCGGAGGCGCGAUUAACGCCCGUUUUCGGCUGGUCGCGAUUUUCCACGCCGAUCUCGUCCGCCCGUUGUUCCCGCCGCGGUUUCUGAGCUCGGAUCGCGAAGUCCUUAGAUGGCCAGCUUCCCAGGAUCUAUCAACGAGAAUGAAAUAGCACAAGCCCGGCUAAUUGCUGAUCUUUGGACACCCAGUGCUCCAUUUGAACAGAAAUCUGGCUGUGAAACAUGGACCGUUGCCUUUGCACCUGAUGGCUCAUACUUUGCUUGGUCUCAAGGUUAUCGUGUAGUAAAAUUAGUUCCUUGGUCUCUGUGCCAAAAUAAAUUGUGUAUUGACGAGUACAAUAAUACAGUCAAUAAGAGUCCCAGAAAGCAAAAUUCUGACGCUCAGAAGAAUGCACCAGAAGAGCAUACAAUAGACUGUGGAGAUAUUGUGUGGGCCCUUGCUUUUGGUUCCUCUGUACCUGAAAAACACAGUCGCUGUGUGAACAUCGAAUGGCACCGAUUCAAGUUUGGCCGAGACCAGCUAUUGUUGGCAACUGGCUUGAGCAAUGGGCGUAUCAAAAUUUGGGAUGUGUACACAGGUAAAUUCCUCCUUAAUUUGAUGGACCAUAAUGAAAUUGUUCGUGAUUUGACCUUUGCACCUGAUGGCAGCCUUAUCCUUGUUUCUGCAUCAAGAGAUAAAACUUUAAGAGUCUGGGACCUUAAGGAUGAUGGCAAUAUGGUGACCGUACUAAGGGGACAUAACAACUGGGUGUAUUGCUGUGCCUUCUCCCCAGAUUCAAACAUUCUCUGCUCUGUCGGAGCUGGAAAAGCGGUUUUUCUGUGGAGUAUGGAAAAAUACACAAUGAUUCGUAAACUUGAAGGUCAUCUGAAUGAUGUUGUAUCAUGUGAAUUCUCUCCUGAUGGAGCAUUAUUGGCUACAGCCUCCCAUGACACACGAGUUAUUGUUUGGGAUCCACACACAGGCAGUAUUUUGUUGGAACUGGGGUAAGCAUUUGUUCUCCACCCCCUACUCCCAAUAUUUGCUGGUGGAGCAAAUGAUCACUGGGUGAAUUCUGUUGCCUUUUGCCAUGAUGGUAUGCACAUCGCUAGCAUUGCUGAUGACAAAAUGUUAAGGUUUUGGAGCAUUGAUGCUGAUUGUCCAGUAGAGGUUGCGCCUUUACAUAAUGGGAUAUCCUGUGGCUUUUCUCCAGAUGGUCACAUUCUUGCUACAGGGUCACGAGAUGGAAGUGUUCACUUCUGGGCUACCCCCAAACAAGUCUCAAGUCUUCAGCAUCUCUGCCGCAUGGCCCUACGAAGAGUGAUGGCUACCAGUUCGGUUGAGAAACUGCCCAUCCCAUCGCAGAUGGUUAACUACCUGACAUAUCGCAUAGUCUGACCAGUACAAACUGCUUAACUUCGAAGGCUUGAACAAGUUGCUUUUGUGAUGCAAGUGUAUUAAAGCAAGUGCAUUUUGCUGCCUUGUACAGCAAGAAAUUUGUAGCCCUUGACAGCAUGGACAGUUCAUGCAGGACUUUCUUUUAAACUGUACAUAUUCUGUAAACCUUGUACCAUUUUUAUAUAUAUCAGUUGUGUACAAUGAUUAUUUUCUGUUCCUUUGCUGUUGAUAGUCCAAUCAUUACAGUUUUUCAGGUCAAUUUGGUAAUGUGAUUGGAAAGUGGGCACAAAGUCUUGUCUGGUCUUUGCUCCAGUCUGCAACAGGAAAACCUGCCAAAGAUUUGAACAUUUUGCAAAUGCAACAUAACUGUACUUCAAAUGUGAAUUUAUUUUUGUUCUGUUUUUAAGUAUUAAAAGCUAAGUUUUAUCUGUUA